CUCUCCCUCUCUCUGUAGGUGAAGUAGCUACAACUCGCAUCGUCAGAAAGAAAGCAGGUGUCCAACAUGGCGAACGCGGCCAACGGAUCUCUCGCAGCCCUUCUGUUUUUACUCACGAUUGCGGCAGCUGUUCUUAAAGGAGCAGCUCAGUACCCAGUCCAAAGCCAGAACCUUGUGACAGACAACGUCUCAGUGGUGGAGGGGGAAACGGCCACUAUCAGCUGUCGAGUCAAAAAUAAUGACGACUCCGUCAUCCAGCUCCUCAACCCCAACAGACAGACCAUCUACUUCAAAGAUGUCAGACCCCUGAAGGAUGCUCGCUUUCAGCUGGUCAACUUCUCAGACAAUGAGCUGCGUGUGGCUCUGUCCAACGUGUCUCUUUCAGACGAGGGCCGAUACGUGUGCCAGCUCUACACAGAUCCUCCACAGGAGGCCUACGCCGACAUCACUGUGCUGAUCCCACCAGGCAACCCAAUCAUCGAGUCCCGUGAGGACAUUGUGAGUGAGGGCAAUGAGACAGAGAUGACCUGCACAGCCAUGGGCAGCAAACCUGCCGCCACCAUCAGAUGGAUGAAGGGAGACAAAGAGCUACAAGGGAAGUCUAAAGUGGAGGUCACAUAUGACAGGAUGUACACUGUGACCAGCUUGUUAAGGUUCACUGUUACAAAGGAAGACGAUGGAGUUCCUGUGGUCUGCAUCGUAGACCAUCCAGCAGUGAAGGAUUUCCAGGCCCAGAAAUACCUCGAAGUACAGUACAAACCAGAGGUGAAGAUCGUGGUGGGGUUUCCACAGGGCCUGACCAGAGAGGGCGAGAACCUGGAGCUGACGUGCAAGGCCAAAGGCAAACCACAGCCUCAGCAGGUGAACUGGGUGAAAGUGGAUGAUGAUGUGCCAUCUCAUGCUGUAAUCACUGGCACAGACCUCUUAAUCGAAAACCUUAACAAAUCCUACAACGGCACUUACCGGUGUGUGGCCUCUAACUCGGUGGGCGAAUCCUAUGACGAUUACAUCCUCUAUGUGUACGAUGCCCUCACCACUACCCCUAUACCCACAACAGCCACUACCACCAUGUACACCACUACCUCCCUCCCAGGCAUCACCCAAGACGCCGCGCCCAGCACUGAACCCGCUGCUCACGUAGACUCCAGAGCUGGAGCAGGAGCUCAGAGAGCAGUGGAUCAUGCCGUUAUCGGAGGAGUGGUGGCCGUGGUCGUCUUCGCCAUGCUUUGUCUGCUUAUCAUUUUGGGACGAUACUUCGCAAGACACAAAGGCACCUACUUCACACACGAAGCAAAAGGGGCAGAUGACGCAGCAGAUGCCGACACGGCCAUCAUCAAUGCCGAGGGUGGACACAACAACUCGGACGAGAAGAAGGAGUACUAUAUCUGAUUGUGCAAGCCUCUGGUGGUGUUAUUAUUAUUUUUCUUGUUUUUCUUUUGUUUUUGUUUUUUGAUGGGU